UGAGGAACUGCGCACGCGCAGUAGAGGAGUGAGGGGGCGGAGCCGUUGCCGUCGACGACGCUUGCUUCCUUGCUUGCUGUUACUGCGAGUUCCGUCGUCCGUUGCCGGCCCCUGCGGUUCCCGGUCGGGAAGUCCCGUCGGAGAUUGAGGAGGCGACGAAAGGGCGACGUUUCGUUGAGAUUGUUGAGAAGAAGCGGAAGGCGAGAGGAGAGAAAGGAGACGAGAGGCCGAAAGAGGCGGGCGCCAUGAUGGAGGCCUAACAGGCCCAACAGGCCCCUCAGGGAUUUGGACGGCGGCGGCGAGGAGGAGGCCCCUGAAAGGAGAAGCGAGCGAGAAAGAGGGAGGGAGCGGCCGAGGGAGAGAGGCCUAGGCCGCCGCCCCCGCGCCCCUCCGGGCCCGGGCAGCGGCGGCGGCCCCUGCGGCCUCGCCGCCGUUUCCUCCUCCUCCUUCCUUCGCCUCCACCGCCGCCAUCAUGUCCUGCGUCCACUACAAGUUCUCCUCCAAGCUCAACUACGACACGGUCACCUUCGACGGGCUCCACAUCUCGCUCUGCGACCUCAAGCGGCAGAUCAUGGGCCGCGAGAAGCUCAAGGCCGCCGACUGCGACCUCCAGAUCACCAACGCCCAGACCAAGGAAGAAUAUACUGAUGAUAAUGCCCUGAUUCCCAAGAACUCAUCUGUUAUUGUCAGAAGAAUUCCUAUUGGUGGAGUAAAGUGUACAAGUAAAACAUAUGUCAUAAGUCGAACUGAACCAGUGAGUGGACCUUCAAAAGCAAUUGAUGACUCUUCUGCAUCUAUUUCUCUGGCCCAGCUUACAAAGACCGCCAAUCUGGCUGAAGCCAAUGCUUCUGAAGAAGAUAAAAUUAAAGCUAUGAUGUCACAGUCUGGCCACGAAUAUGACCCUAUCAAUUACAUGAAGAAAGCCCCAGGACCACCUCCGCCAACCUAUACUUGCUUUCGCUGUGGAAAACCUGGUCAUUAUAUAAAGAUCUGCCCAACCAACGGGGACAAAAACUUUGAAUCUACUCCCCGAAUUAAAAAGAGCACUGGAAUUCCCCGAAGCUUCAUGAUGGAGGUGCAAGACCCCAACACCAAGGGGGCCAUGCUCACCAAUACAGGGAAAUAUGCCAUCCCAACAAUCGAUGCUGAGGCCUAUGCUAUAGGGAAGAAAGAGAAGCCCCCUUUCCUUCCAGAGGAGCCCUCUUCUUCCUCAGAGGAAGAUGAUCCCAUCCCAGACGAACUCUUGUGUCUCAUCUGCAAAGACAUCAUGACAGAUGCCGUGGUUAUUCCCUGCUGUGGAAACAGCUACUGUGAUGAAUGUAUCAGGACUGCGCUGCUAGAGUCGGAGGAGCACACCUGCCCAACUUGCCAUCAGAUAGAUGUUUCACCAGACGCUUUAAUUGCCAACAAGUUUUUACGUCAGGCCGUGAACAACUUCAAAAAUGAAACUGGCUACACAAAGCGGCUGCGGAAACCAGCCCCAGCCCCACCCCCGAGGCCAGUGGUCCAGCGGAGCCUGCCUUCUGCCCCUCGGCCCCCGGGGCCCCGGCAGCAAGACCCCCUCCUUGCCUCAGCCGCCCCGGCCACCCUUCACCCAGCCGUGCCGUUGGCCCUUCCCUUGCCCUUGCCCUUGCCCCCUGGGCAGUCGGCCUCCGCAGCAGGCGCCUUGCCACUGAAGCAGUCUGUGGCCCCAUCGCCCGGUGAGGUUCCUGCAUCGCUAGCCUUGGCUCUUCACACUGACAAACCUGAUGGACCGUUCCGGGACGCUGAUGGUAUUGGGCCAGCAGUGGCUCUCAUGGCGGCUUCUGAUCACCCGAAACCACUUUCCUCGCUGUCGAUUAAUACUGUUUUGGAGGAGAAGGGCUACCAGGUCCCAGUGCUUGGGCAGCCCCUCUUGGGAGGGCAGCUGGGUCCUCAUGGGCAUUCCAUUCCCUCUAUGGGUCAGCCAAUGAGACCCAACCCUCUUAGAUCGGCAGGCAGCAGAUCAGGCUGGGAGCCAAGUUCAAACCGAGGACGCCCGCAUAAUGACCGCACACAAAGGACCCAGGCCCCAACACUGCCAGCUUCGACACCGGUCUUUGUGCCCGUGCCUCCUCCUCCUCCGCCGCCCCUCUAUCCGCACCCCCCUCCCCCUCACGCACUGCCCCUCCCCCCGGGGGUCCCUCCCCCACAGUUUCCCCCGCAAUUCCCCCCGGGGCAGCCCCCUCCGGCUGGGUACGUGGUCCCUCCACCGGGAUUCCCCCCGGCGCCAGGCAACCUCUCGACCCCCUGGGUGCCGACUCCUGUGCCAACGGCUCACUCCAAUGCCAUCCCAACGACACAGGCACCUCCCCUCUCUAGGGAGGAGUUUUACAGGGAGCAACGGAGGCUGAAAGAGGAGGAAAAGAAAAAAUCAAAGCUCGAUGAGUUUACAAAUGAUUUUGCUAAAGAACUAAUGGAAUAUAAGAAAAUCCAGAAAGAACGCAGGCGUUCUUACUCCCGGUCCAAGUCACCCUACAGUGCAUCCUCGUAUUCACGGAGCUCCUACACAUACUCCAAGUCCCGUUCCGGUUCCUCUCGCUCUCGGUCCUACUCCCGCUCCUUCAGCCGCUCGCACUCCCGCUCCUAUUCCCGCUCCCCGCCGUACCCCCGCAGAGCCCGGGCAAAGAGCCGCAACUACCGCUCCCGCUCGCGGUCACAUGGCUACCACCGGUCAAGGUCAAGAUCUCCUCCCUACCGCAGAUACCACUCUCGGUCUAGAUCACCUGUCUACAGAGCUCAGUCCCCAAACAAGCACCCCCCGGUUCCUCAGCCGGAAGGGGAGCGGGAGUACUUUGGCCGCUACCGGGAGGUUCCUGUUUAUGAAAUGAAGGCAUACUAUGGCCGGCCUGUGGACAUGAGGGACCCCUAUGAGAAAGAGAGGCUUCACAACUGGGAGAUCCGCUACCGAGAGUGGGAGAAGUACUACAAGGGCAUCUUGCCCGGGGCCCAGCCCAGGCCGCUGCUGAACAGAGAGAACUUCUCCCCAGAGAGAUUUGGGCCUCUCGGACCCCGGCGAGAGAACUCCCCGUACAUCCGAGGUCGCAGGGAUGAAUUUCCCACUGCACUGGGACACCGGAACCGGAACCUAGGCGGAGGCUACCCUGAGAAGUUAAGUGGCAGAGAAGGCCAUGGUUUGAAAGACAUGGUCAAACCAAAAGAGAAGGAAGUUGAGAAUCCCUCAGGAGAUGCCAAAGGAAAUAAACACAAGAAGCACCGAAGGAGAAGGAGAGAAGAGGGGGAAGGCUUCCUUAGUGUUGAUCCGCUAGAAGGGUCCCGGAAGCCCAGGGAUCCGCCUUCUUCUGCAGGAGAAGAUAGCAAGCCGGACCCACUUUUCGUGCCCCCCAGCAGAGAUGAUGGAACCCCUGUCCGGGAUGAGCCAAUGGAUGCCGAUUCUGUCGCCUUCAAGCCAAUCUCCGACAAGGAGCGGAAGGAGAAGCCAAAGGCAAAGGCCGAAAAGCUUAAGCGGAAAAUGGAUGCUCCAGCCGCUCCCGUCUCAGCCACCAGCAAGAAAGAGACCCAAGCCAAGCCUCCCAAGGGGCCCCAAGAGAAAGUGGAGGCUGACCGUGAAAAGUCUCCACGAGCAGAGCCCCCCACCAAGAAAGCAAAGGAGGAGACGGCAAAGGCUGACAGCGCAAAGACCUCAUCCUCCCAGAAAGAGGAUAAGCCAGUGGGCACACCACGCAAGGCCCAUCCCCGCGGGGCUAAAGAGCACCCAGACAGCCGGUCGGGCAAAGAAGAGAAGAGCAAGAAGGAGCACCCCUCCAAGGAGGUCAAGCCAGAGAAGUCAUCAAGUAAGGAGGAGAAGUCCAAGAAGCCCCUGGACAAGGGCAAACCUGUGGAGGUCAAGCCGGAGAAAAGGAAGAGGAAGAUUGAGGAAAAAGGAGAUAAUAAGGAACAAGAAGCUGCGUCGUCUAAGACUCCCAAACCAGAAAGUGCAGAAUCCAAACCUGCACCAAAGGGAGUGAAAGCUGAGCCCGAAGAUGAGAAGUCAGAGAAGACUCCCGAAAAGGACAAAACGGUUCUGCCCGCUGUCCCGACGAAAAAAAUUAAGCUGAACAGGGAGACGGGCAAGAAGAUUGCUAGCACCGAAAAUGCCCCUCCUGCCAAAGAGGCUCUGGCUGAGAAGCCUGAGCCAACGACCAGCAGCAAAGUGAAGCCAGAGAAAACGAAGGGAAAGAUGAGGAGAAAGGUGGCAAUGACUGACGGAACUGGUUCAACGCUAGUGGAUUAUACCAGUACAAGCUCUGCUGGUGGGAGCCCUGUUAAGAAGGCGGAGGACAAGCUGGACACCAAGCGAACCGUCAUCAAGACCAUGGAAGAGUACAACAACGACAUCACAGCUCCUGCGGAAGAUGUGAUCAUCAUGAUCCAAGUCCCCCAGUCCAAGUGGGACAAGGAUGAUUUCGAUUCGGAGGAGGAGGAGGAGGAACAGGCAGUCGCUAAACCUGCCCAGCUGCCUUCUGCCAUUACGAAGCCUGUCAGCGUCAUCAAGAAUGUCAGCGCAAAGCAACCCUCUACCUCCUUCAAACAGAACGAGAAGGAGCUCGAGCCUCCUUUGGAGAAGACCCAGAAAACCAACAGGGAAAUCGCGCGCGAAACUUUAGGGCAGCUGGAACCCAAAAGCUCCAAAAGCACAGCGUCCAGUGAGAAAGGGAAAGCCAAAGACCGGGAUCACGCUGUGUCUGAGCGAGACUCAUCUGAGAAAAGGAAGAGCAGCCUGCAGCUGGAGAAGGAGCGCUCCGAACAUAGUGCUGAGCCGGGGAAUCCCAGGGCCUCCUCCUCGUCUCACUCCUCCCGGGAGAGCAGAGCCCCAGAGAAACACGACACAACCCACACUUCCUCCUCCUCUGCAAAGGACUUCACUCCCAGCAGGGAAAAGAAGCAUGAUCACGAGAGCAGCAGCGGCAGAGACCACUCAGGAUCCAAGCGACGGGAGGAGAGGAGCGAUCCUUCAAGGAAAAGGGCCUCCCCGUCCCGCCCUAGAGAAUCUUCCUCCUCCACUUCUGGGACAAAGAACAAAGGCAGGGAGGAGCGGACAGAGCCACCAAAAAAGGAGGCCUGGGACCCGAAACGGAACAGCUACAGCCCUCCUAGGGAGCGCAGGCCAAACGAGCACAAGGCUGCAGCCCAUGACUCCCGACGCUCGUCAGCGGAGCACCACAAGUCCCAGGAGAGGGGCUCCGGCAAGGAGAGGGAAAAGCGCCCACUCUCGUCUGAGCGCCGGAGCACCAAGGAGAAGAUGGCCGGAGGAGGGAGCAAGGCCUCACACCGGCCUCGGGGCAGUUCAUCGGAGACACGCGAUCCGGGAGCAGGGAGCGAGAAGAGCGCUCCCAAACCACCAAAGCCCCAGCUGAGUCACACAUCCCGGCUCUCUUCCGACCCAACAAGAGAAACGGAUGAGGCCGCCUUCGUUCCCGACUACAACGAGAGCGACAGCGACAGCAAUGCCUCGGCCAAAGUGGAGGAGCCCAAGGAGGGGAAGGACAAGAAUGCUACCAAUGCUGCUGCCAACAAUUUGCCAAAGGAGGCCAUUGCCACUGGGCCGGGGGCAGGAACAGUCGCCUCAGCCUCUGUCCUGGCAGUGGAAGGGAGCCAGAGCACCAGCAGCCCCAGCCCCAGCCGGAGCCCCUCAGAAAGUGCCGGAAGGAGCCGCAGCAGCAGUCCCAGCUCUGCCGAAAGCCAGGACAGCAAGAAGAAGCGGAAGAAGAAGGAGAAGAAGAAACAUAAGAAGCACAAAAAGCACAAGAAGCAUAAGAAGCACGCAGGGCCCGAGUCCGAGGCAGAGAAGAGCCAGAAGCAUAAACACAAGAAGAAAAAGUCCAAGAAAAGCAAGGACAAGGAGAAGGACGACCAAAAAGCCAAGCCCCCCGUCCCCGUUUAGCAUUGAGGCCAAGGACUUCCUCAGAAGAGGAGGCGCUGGGAUGGGAUUAUUCUCCACCAUAAACCAUCGACGAAAGUGAGCCUUUGGGGGAAAGGCCAGGAAGUCCCUCUACUGCACUUGCGCAAUUGCUGCUUGAUUUGAUUUUUACAUCAGAGCUUUAUAAAGUGAACAUUUUGUACAGACUUGUGAGUUGUGACCAUGUAAUAUGCCGGGAGGGAGGGAGGGGACAGUUUGGAGGGUUUUUAAUUUUAUUUUUAUUUGGGGGGGAGGGGCAUCUUAUUUUUAAACCACCGUUAAAAUGAGUUCAGGUGGAGUUUACUGUACUGUGGAUCGAUUCACAUGAAAUUUUUUAAAGGAUUGCCUGUCAGGAAAACGUUUAAAAAGAAAAAGGCUGGUAUGGCUUACAAUAUCAGCUGGAGGACUUGCAGAAAUAUCAUUUCAGCCUUGUUCUGUUACCUUUUGGAUUACAAUAAAAAAGUUUCAUUAAACCUAAA